AUGGCCAUACUUUCUGAAUCUGAUAACUCAAGAGGGUCUAGAGAACAUCUCUUCUUAUCGAAGGGGCAAAUCCCGUCUUGGGCAAAAGUGAGAUUUCACGUCGGGUGUCGCCACCUGUGUCUCCGUGAUUUGUUGCUCCUUCCCCAAUUGGUCGACGAGCUAGGGUUCGGUCCUCAUCUCUCACUUCUCUCUCUCCCUUCCCCGUCUCCCCUUCGCUUCCCACUCCCCUGCCGCCGCCGCCGCCUGUUUUCGCAUCCCCAUCUCCCCUCCGCUUCCCACUACCCUGCCGGCGCCGCCACCGUCGCGUCCUCCUCCCCUCCCGCGACACAUCCUCCCCUUCUCGCGUCCCGUCUCGCCGUCACCCCUCUGCCUCCUCCCCUCCCGCCACACAUACGCCCCACCCGUUGGAACACGCGGCUGCGUCAGGAGUGCCUCUACCGGAAGAGCCUCGCGCUCUCGUCGUCGGCGGGCGCGCUCACGCUCUCGGCCUUCGUCGAGCCGCUCGUCAUCUUCCUCAUCCUCGUCGUCAACGCCGCCGUCGGUGUCUGGCAGGAGACCAACGACGAGAAGGCGCUCGAGGCGCUGCGCCAGAUCCAGUCCAGCCACGCCGCCGUGCUGCGCGACGGCGAGUGGGCGUCCGCCCUCCCUCUUGGUCGCCGCCGACAAGGAGGAGCUGGCCCUUGGGGAGGACGAGGAGAUGGUCGCCUCCGGGGAGCAGCAGAAGGAGGAGGAGCACGUGGCGGCGGCGGCGACCAAGAGGGAGGGGCACGCGGCGGCGGCGACCAAGAAGCGAGUGGCGUAGCCGACCAGGCUAGAAACAUGGCGGCGACAAGGAGCCCGAGUGACUCGGCGAGCCGUCCCCGCCGACGAGGCCCGCGGCUGAUGUGGACGCGGCUGCGAGCUCGACGUGAGAACAGCGGCAGGGGAAGAAUUGGCAAUGCUAAAUUGGCGAGAAGAGAGCGAGAGGAAGAUGAUGAGGCGAGAUGGAAAAGGAUUAGAUUCCUUUACUACCUGUUGAUUUUAUAACUGGAUGCUAGGCUUAAAUCAGAGGACAUGGUAGCGGAAGAACAAGAUGUCAUAUUCUGAAUAAUACUGAAGGUACUUUCAGUAAAUGUUCUGCAAAUAAGUGCAUCCAGAACGCCAGGAUGUGUGGGGACAAAAUGUACUCUAUUGCUUCACAUGGGAAUGGCUUCAGUUCCGCUACUGUCACGAGCCUGAGGUUCUGAUCCUACACCUCGGCUGCUCGGCCAGAAGCUAAGUCAUACCAACUUUUGUUAGUUCUUGAGAUUUUUUUGUGGCUUUGGAUUUACAGUCUGCAAAAUGUGUUUAUGCUUUUAUCAUUCCUUCUAGCUCUAACAUACAUAUGUUUUUUUCUAUGAUGUACUACUAAACUAUGCGUGUUAAACAGAGCAUGGUGAUUACUAAUUCCUCAUGAGCUUCUUAAUAUUUGUCUCUGCACCAAGGAGGCAAUAAACAUGAACCAGAUAACUGUAUUUUUUUUCCUGUUUUCACUGUACGCAGUACAUCUCCAUUGUGCUUUAUUUUAUUUGCCAGCUCUGUUGAUAGGAACUUGAAUUGUUGUUUCUGGUCUGCGUAAAUUCAAGUGACUGUUGUACUCCCAAUUCAAUUAGCACGUUUCGGUUUGAUAAAUAUCAUGCAUUGAUCCUUGCAUUUUUUGACAAAUUUAUGUUCAUGACAUCUCCAGUUUACUCCUAUUGUCAUUCUUUGUGCUUCUCAGAUCUGCCAGCUCCAUGGAGACAUGGAACCCCUCAUUGUUUUGUCGGACUAAAUGUGGGUUAUUUGUCGGACCAUAAGCAAACACAUAAAGAUUCCCGUUGUUGUCUUUGUAGUGGAAGGUACCACCUGGUGGUAUGUUGCUAUUUUCAGUUUGCUCUGAAUAAAGGCAUGUAGAGACUUCAGAUUUCAAUUCUUAUCUCUCUGUCGUAAAAAGUAAUGUAUGGUCCUGUGUUUUAUCUCUGGUCAUAUGAAAGCACCGAGCUUGAUUCUGCCUUA